AUGGAAUCACUUCCACGUGAGUUCAUUCUCCACAGAGUACCUCUGAUGGCAGUCAUGGGCCUUGGCACAGGGAAAGACUCUGAACCCACCUCACCCACCUCGCCCACCUCUUCAGUGUCGAGACGCAAUUCAAUGAGCACAGGUUCUUCGUCACCAGUAACUAGUCGUCAACAAAUUUCGAAAAGUCUGUUGGCGCUUCUCACUGCAAAGAACCAUCAUGGUGGUGGUGGAGGUAUAUGGGAAGCUGGUAAAGGCUCGAAUGCAACUUUCCACGUUGUGGCAGUUGAGAAGAACCACGAAUUUCCUCCUCGAAAAUUCAGUACGCGUUCUUCUUCGUCACCUACUGCACCACAUCUCACGAUGCCAGUUCCACAUUCACCUCUCUCGCCGUUGACACCCGGGUCUCCUCUACAUCCCGACGGCUUAAUAUCACCCAUUUGGAUUCGAAAGCAUCGCGAGAAUGUUCCCGCUGUUGCAGUAGGAUUUUACGAAUUGUGGGAUUGGUCGUCGUUGUCAACAAUAACGGGUGGAAUCUCUGUAGGGCAGAUUAGUGAAAGAUUGGAUGAAAAAGGCGGUGGCAAUGGUGUAUCGAGUUCGAUGCAUGAACCUUCGGAUACUUCUGAUAACACUGAAAAAGAACGUGAUGGACAAUUGGCUGCUGAAAUUAGUGAAAGAAGAAAGACGAUACAGGACCGUGGUAUUAAAUUCGCAGCUGUAGUUAUUCUAAAACAACAACAUAUAGAUGAUCCCACUAUAGAAGAAAGAAUAAGUUUUAUACGAAAAGCUUGUGGGCUAGAACAGAAAAAUUCUUUUUUCGUGUUGUCGUCUACUUUUCAAGGCGAAUUACAGAAUUUUGUUAUAAAUCUUCAAAAAUCUUUAUAUGAAGUUGCUCUCGGAUAUUACCGAGAGCUUGGUAAACGCAUAAAAAAGAAACGUUCCAAAUUGCCACCAGCAUCAGUUGGUUUUGUACCACCGUCAUCUGAUCAACUGCCAAACAUGACACCACAACCAUUGGGAAUCCAAGGAUGGAUGAUCAGAUAUGAUUAUAAAAUGGCGACUUUUGCUGAAUUUCGGCAAGAAAUAGAUACAGCCAUAAAGUAUUAUGAAUCCGCGUAUACCUUGCUUUUGGAUAUGUUUGCUCCUACUUCUUCUAUUACUCCUGGAGCACCAGGAUUUCCUAUACGCACCAAAAGAUGGGCAGAAGCAAAGAUAUGUAAAUUAAAUCUUUAUUUGGAUGCAUCUUCUGCUGCCACAGGCCAAUUAAACAGACACAUCGCAGCCUUCCAAAAAUUAUCAAAUACAUGGGGUAUCGGAGAAGAUACUUUUGAAUACUGGGCUUGGCUCACCAAGCAGUAUAGAGUAUUCGGUGACCUAUUGGAAAUUGCUACAAGAUCUGGGUUCAAGAUUAAUUAUCCCGUUGCAUAUUCAAACAAUAGCAAUUCAACAACUUCCGAUUAUCGAUAUGGAUACGGAGGAGGAAGAAAUGCCUGGGUUAAUCCGAAAAUGGUGCUGCAACAUGCAGGAUUUUAUUAUCGGUUUGCAGCAACUUGUACUUCGGAACGAAAAAAGAGAUUUCAGUCCAUCAAUAAACUUAUCCGAGAAUCAAAGGAUACAUCAAAACUGCCACCUGCACAAAUCUUGGAGGCAGAAGGAAAUAUAGAUCAUUCGACGCUAACAAUUGAACUGUUGACAAAAAGUUAUGAGCAAUUUAAAAAAUAUAAGAGUGGCCGAAUGACUUUGCAUCUUGCCUCGGAAAUCGCAAGUACAUAUUUUGAAUCUGGGAAAUACGAAAUGGCUCUCAAAUUUUUUGAAAGGAUUGCAAAAACAUAUCGAAAAGAAAUUUGGCAUUCAAUCCUAGAGUCGAUACUUCGAUUAUCAUUAAAGUGCGCGAGAGAUCUUGGUGCUUGGGAAAAUGUAGUUGAAUAUCUGAUUGAGUUGUUGUCUGAUCGAAUAAGUCAGACUCACGAAAAGAGAGUUGAAAUACAAAAUCAACUAAUAAAUAUAUUAUAUAAGAAUGAAAUUCCUAACGCAGUCUCUAAUAAACCGAUUAUGAUAGACAUGAAUCUAAUCAAUUCUUUUGUAACCUGCAAUUUCCAAUUCAAACAAACCGCCACGUUUGUUGGUGCUCCAACACCUUUUCAAGUCGCCAUCAACACCUCGUCCAAUUCACCAGUACUACCAAUGCGAUUUGAUUACUUACACUUGUCGUUUAACAAUACACAUUUCAAUUAUCAUUUGAUUGACAAAGGUGAAUCAAUUACAAAUAAUAGUAUUCUCAAUAAAGAGAAAAUAAAGUGGAUUGAUUGUCGAGAUGAUUGUCAACAGAUUGAGGUUGAAGGAUUCGGAUUUGUUUGGACGAAAAAGGUUAAUUUGAAUAUUACGAGUGGGUCUACGUUCGUGUAUGAGGGGUUGUUGGUUCCGACAGAGAGUGGAGAAUUGACGUUGCUUACUAUAUCGUUGGGAUUAUUGACGCCAAAUUGGAAAGUUGAAUUGAAUUUCAAUUCUAAAUCUGAACUAAAUGAUUCCAAAGUCAGAAGAAAAUGGUUAGAAUUUGAACAAGACAAUGAUACAGAAUCGAAUGAUAAAAUAGUUGCCACCAAGCCAAAAUUUAUUCCAUUAGAAGGAUCCGGUGAACAAUCUUCUAUAAAAAUAACACAUAAACGCGCAAAAGUGGAAAUUCAAGUGAAACAUCAUUCCCCUGCCCUCUUGAAUGAACAUUAUCCUAUAGAGUUGACAAUACUUAAUUUGGAGGCGGAAGAUGUUAAAGUUGUGCUUAACGCUGAACUUGUUUCAAUAGAUUUUGAAGGAUCUUACGCUUAUCUGACUUCAGAUCCGGCUGAAAAGGGCAAGCAAAGUCUAAACGAAAUCGAUAUUGGAAUAAUUCCAGCUGGACAAUCCUCCAUAAAAAUUAUUUAUAUAUAUGGCGAGAAGUUUUCAAUAACUCGAACGCUUCGUUUAUCGAUAUGGUACGCUUCUGCAUUAGGUAUACCCACAACACUACCGCCUACACAAGGAUGGAUUGAAAAAGACGAGGAGUUACGAAUACCGUUUAUUAUUCCUUUUGACGCGUCAUUCAGUCUAGUUUCGCAGCAUAAAGGAAUUAGGCAAAAAGGUGAUGAGUAUGUUAACAAGGAAUCACUUGAAAGAUUAGAAAGGUAUCUUUUGGUUUCUAGAAUCACAAGUUCUGGGCCUUGGGAUAUCAUUGUAUCGGGUGUUGAUUUGAUUUUGCCUGAUAAGCUCGACUUAAAUAAUAAACUCCAGAUUCGAGGAUCUUCUACAGAGUUGGAGGAUUUUCAUCAACAAAAACAAGUAUGGCGACCCGGCAGUGCAUACCAAGCAAAUUAUCUCUUGGAGCUCGCAAAUUCUGAUCUAGUAUCUUCGCCUGUCGCCAUGAAUACCGGAUCUCUUGUCAUUACUUGGAGAAGAUCCACAAAAUUCGGCGAUGCUAAUAACAUUUUCACCAAAACAAUGUUUCCAGCACCUUCUAUUGAGCCUAGCACAUCUUCUGUAUCGGUAACCAUCCUAAUACCGCCAACGCCUGUUGUCGGUCAACUCUUCACUCUUACAUACAAUGUCACAAACUUCUCACUAUCUCACGCACGAAUUCACGUCUACGCCGAAGUACACGAAGCCUUCGUAUUCGCAGGCUACAAACAAACCUCAAUCCGAGUCUCACCAUUAUCCACAUAUUUAUUCAAAGUUAAUUGUUUUCCGCUGGUUGUCGGUAAAGUUCGUUUGCCAAAAGUGAGAUUCGUGAUUAAGACGGAUCCUGAUGCUACAUCUUUGCCAAAAUUGAGAUUCGCGGAUCCUGAUGUUCCACCACCAUCAGCAGAUCAAGAAUUGAAGAUCUUCGCACCGGGAAUAAAAGAGAAUACAGAUGAUGAUGGUAUUAUGGUGUUUAUCGGACCAAAACAGAAUAUCACGGAGGAAUUGCUUUAA